AUGUCAGGAAACCAUCACAUCACUCUCUGCACCAACUGCGGCCACUCCGUCUCUAUCGACCUCUCGCUCGCUCCAGAAGAGGAGGUGCUUCAAGCUAUCCGCGACGGGCACAUACCCUCCGAAUCCUCAUGCCGUGCGCACAACGCGGCAGCGGAUGCGGUCCAGUCGAAAAUUGACGAGCUGGAGCGGCUCAUUGAGCGGCUGCAGACCUUGACCGAGGAAGUGGAGGAACACCGCGAUCGACUCAUUGAAUAUUCUGCGCUCUGGCGGCUCCUGUUCGACUUGUACCAGCCGAGCUCUGGGAGACGAUCGCGAUCUUCCGAUCGCGACAUGCUCACCGCACUCUCUCUCGGCCUCGUCUGUCAGAGGUGGCGUGCUAUCGCUCGACGCGAUACCCGGCUUUGGGCGCCUUACCUGCGAUUUAACGUCUGUGCGCUCAUGUUUGACUCGGAUCUUGCGGCAAAAAUCCUUGGGGACGAAGUGCGCGACUUUCGUGCGGUCGUGGCUUGCUAUCUCGAACGUUCCCGCAUCGAGCCGCUCCGCCUUCACAUAAUGUGGCGUGGGCUCAAAGAGAUGCCACAAGAACUGCAAGCUUUCUCGGAGGACGCGCACCACCUGCUCCGCAACGUAUUCGCACAUUUCUGGAGAUGGAGGAAGUGUACCAUUGCCGCUGACGUGUUGGAAUAUAUGCUCGAGCACGAACCACGCAUCAGGGUGCCGAGCUCGCUGGAGUACUGCUCCGUCAUUGACCCAAAGGGAAGUCAUCGCCGGAUCGUUCCUUUAUUUGCGGACGCACCGCGCCUCACGCGCUGGUCACAUUCAGGCCGCGGGCUCUACGAACCGAAUCUUCCAUUCUCGCAAAUCACGUAUUUCGAUGCGGAAUGGACUUCUGUUGAAUAUCUGGGGCAAAUACUGCGGUCCUGCAAAGCUCUCGAAUACCUUGACGUCUACGUAGCCGCUGGGAGUGACUCGCAUCUCAGCGAUUUCCCUUCGCGCGCCUCGCUCCCGCAUCUGAAAGUACUCGCGCUCAAAAGAGCAUCCAGCUCCCUCGUGCAUACCGUCCUCUGCCUCCUCAGUGCGCCCAUUUUGGAGUAUCUGAUGCUGGAUUUGAGAUUCGGUCAGCCGUGGAGGGAGUCCCUUGCGGCAGAGUCGUACUCGCUCUUGGAGCGAACCUCGGGGAAAAUCUCUUUGAGCAUCAGCAUGACUCUUUCUGGCGACAGACUUCGCGAAUUCCUGAGGCAUCCACGCAUCGGGUCGGUCAAUGGCUACAUGCUGACCUUCUCCUUCGGUACAACGUGCACUGAUGCUGAUGGCGCCGGAUGUGGGGAUAGAAAUUAG